AGAAGAAGAAGAAGAAAAGGGCGAAGAGGAGGAGGAAGUAACAAACUGUCACAACACCAGCAUGCAGGACUGCUGCAAACCUGUUACUUACAUACCAACCAAAACCGCUGAAAAAACCAAACUCGUUAGCGGACCUUCUUCUUAUGCACAGCCGCAAAACAACGCACUUCUCGGUCCGGUAGCUGCACGAUACGAGGCUCAACAGAGUGAAUGGAGUUGGCAAGUCGAGCCAUAACAAGACUCAUUGUGGUGUAGGCUAUGAGUGUGGGUGAUGGAGGACAAUCAAUGUGGGGACUUGGACUACCUGAUCCAAGAUGAGGACACCCUCAUUGAAGGUGUCAGCAACCAGGUCUUAUUUGUUGUGGUGCUCAGUAUCACCUUCCUUGCAGGACUCCUCACUUUGCUCUGCAGACAAGAGCAGCAGAACAUUCAUCCUGAGAAUCAGGAGCACGUUCGAGCCGUCAGACAACAACUCCAAACCGAGCAGGAUGAAAAUCCUCAGGCGGAGGCCAGGCAGCAGUAUUACACAGACAUGUCUUGUCCUGUGUGUCUACAGCAGGCCGUUCUGCCUGUGGAAACCAAUUGUGGACACCUUUUCUGUGGAUCCUGUAUUGUAGCCUACUGGAGGUAUGGCACAUGGCUGGGUGCUAUUCACUGCCCCAUCUGCAGACAAAUGGUAACGUUGCUGUUCCCACUGUUUCAUGAGCACACCACUCCUCAAAGGGACCAGGAAGGGGAGGCAGAGCCUCAGCUGAUACUAACAGACAUUAACGAUUACAACCGCAGGUUCUCAGGCCAGCCAAGAUCUUUUAUGGACAGGCUGCGAGACGUGCCCACCCUGCUUCGUCAUGCCUUUCGGGAGAUGUUCUCUGUGGGUGGCCUCUUCUUGAUGUUCAGGGUUCGAAUUCUUCUCUGCCUAGUGGGAGCGAUCACCUACCUGGCCUCGCCACUCGACAUCAUCCCUGAGGCGCUUUUCGGUCUGCUGGGAUUCAUGGAUGAUUUCUUUGUGAUCCUGCUUCUCUUUGUGUACAUCUCCAUCAUGUACAGAGAGGUGGUUACACAGAGACUGUAUGGCUAAAGGUUCUCUCAUAAGAGAGGCUUGGAAAGAGUGAAUGGAGCAUUUGAGGCGGAAAUGUAGAGACUGAAUGACUGAACACUCAGUAAUACUGGAUCUCUCAGAGAGGUUUACUUUGAAGCCCAGGAUCUUAGUUCACCACUGGAGAGGGGUCAGAGAAAGAAUGAACUGUGAAUGUUCACUCUGUAGAUAUAAUUCACCUUUAAUGGUUCCUAGAUUGAAUGACACCAAGGGGAACCACAAUAAAGCUUAAGACCUAUUUGACUCUGCAUUAAACCAGGGAAAUACUUUAGCAGCACCCCUCACUGAACACUACCAGCCAAUUCUGUGUCAGCAUUACCAGUUAUUCGGUUAAUGUGCAUGAACUUGAUGAAGAAAACCGUGUAACAUAAUGUGAUCUUGAAUGUAUUGUAUAAAUGGCGGUGUCUUGAUUAUAUGCAUUUAAAGUUGGCUGUUUGCAUUGAGAUUAAGUGUAGAACCAUCUUCCUGUGGCUAUUGCAGCCUGUUUGUUCAAUUAAACUGAUGAUGCAUUUAUUUAAGUAACCUGUGAAUGUGCAUAUUUAUAAUGACUUCAAAAAACACACAGCUUUUCGUGCACGUGUGAAAAUCACUUAGUCAUUUUGUUUCCACCAGUUUACAUGUACUGCUCAGAUCUGACGCUGUCUGACGCCUCUGCAUGUAUCCACAUGAACUGAUGAUACACAGGAAACCUGAUGGUUGCAUAAUAACUUUAUAAUUUUCCGAUUUCUAUUCAAGAAAUUAAAAAGUUAUCCCUUGAUCAUCAAAAGAAGGCACAGCAAAAGUACCAGAGAGUAAUUAUAGGUCC